UUUUCGCACUUGCCAGCAACAUGUUCGCCCGCCGAGUGAUCCGCAACGUCGCCCAACAAGCCGCCCGCACCAUGGCGACCCAAGCCCGCCCCUUGGCGCAGAAGGCCUUCUCCCCUCUGAUGGUCGUGGCUGGUGUCUCCGGUGUCGCCGCCGGCAUUGCAUUCUCCACCCCUGCCGAAUCCAAGGCCGUGAAGAAGGUGUCCCCGUACACGGGUAUCCCUGGCACCAAGAACGAACGUACGUUCAUCGCCAUCAAGCCCGACGGUGUGGAACGUGCUUUGAUCUCGGAAGUGAUUGGCCGCUUCGAGAAGAAGGGCUACAAGCUCGUCGCGUUGAAGCUCCUCACCCCCACGGAAGCCCGUGCCAGGGAACACUACGCCGACUUGUCCGGUCGCCCGUUUUUCAACGGCCUCGUGAAGUACUUUGCGUCUGGUCCCAUUGUCGCCAUGGUCUGGGAAGGUACUGAUGUCAUCUUGACCGGUCGCAAGAUCCUGGGUGCCACCAACCCCAACCAAGCCGCCCCCGGCACCCUUCGCGGAGACAACACCAUCUCCACCGGCCGCAACUUGGUCCACGGCUCGGACGGCCCUGAAUCCGCCAAGCACGAAAUCGGCAUGUGGUUCACUGCUGGUGAAAUCCAAGACUACGAACGUGCCAUCGACGAAUGGAUCGUCGCCGACAACUAAAUCCACCCCCUAAUUCCUCCUAAUAUCAAGAGUUCUACUUGAUCCAAUACACACA